UGAAGGAGUGGUUAAAAUUAAUGUCCUAUAAAAUUAUAGUCAUAUGCAAAACUACAAUUAUGGCUGUGUUUUUUUGUGUAGUGAAUGCUCAGACAAGUUCCUUUACGCUUCUCCCGUCAAGUAUGCUCCCCAUCUCCACACCCCUUGUCUCCACUCUCCCCAUUUCUGCACUCUCUUUCCCUACUCAAACAAUAUUACCCUCAAGUAGUAACUUUGGACGUGAAGCCGAGUCUAGCUCUGUGUCAGCACCUAUAACCACCACUGGUCUACCACAACCAAGUAGUUCUCCCAUGAACUCUCCUCAAGUCACACCAGCAGCUGCUACAACACAACCUCAAGAAGUGAACGUGGGACUGUUUGCUGGAAUCGCAGUGUCUGUUGCAGUACUCGUGCUGUUGGUCAUACUAACUGCAGUGAUGCUUUUAGUUUGUGCGAUGAAAAAGAAAAGAGAAAACAAAGGACAAGGAGAUUUGAGUUUGACUGACUACAGGACCAUCAAUGAACAGAGUGAUACUCUUCAAACUAUCAGAAUGGAUGCUAACACUGAACCAUCCACCAAUGAGAAUGAGGCGUACGGAAAGUUUACAGAAGCAACUCAGAUCGCUGACUAUGAUUACGUCGUGAAUUCUUUGGCUGAAACGUACAAUCCCUCCACAACUCAGAACCUGGCCUAUGGUAAUGUUGCCACUGCAGAAUAUAGUGUCAUAGCAAAUGAUGAUAACGUCGUCAAGGGGUUGGGUGUGACAACAGAAGUGCCAAUGAUAAGAAACGAAGCCUACGUUGGAGUAAGACAGUCGAGUUCUGACAAUGAUCCCUCAAUACCCACCACAGAGAAUGAGGCAUACACUAGUGUGACUGCUAACACUGAGCCUGAAGAUGCUUAUGCAUAUGUUAAACCUUAAGGUAUAAACAACCUAUAACGGGUGACCA